AUGACCUUUCGGCUUGUGCCCAGCAUCUUGGGCAAGCGGAGCGCCGAGCUGCCCGCCAUCUGCUUUCGGCGUGUGCGUGUGCCUGUCGAUCCCGCAGGCUGUCUUCAUUCGCGCUACCGGUCUUACGCGACUGUCACCGACGACAAGAAGAGUGAUACUGCGCACGAUGGCAGCUCCGCCAGAUCGACGUCGAGUUCGAGCGAGGCCUCCCAAUCGACCUCUCCUCGAAGCUCUUCCCAUAACAGCAGCAGCAGCGGCAGGUCGGCAGGCUCAAGAAGUACAGACAUCAGUUCACGAAAGAGUUCCGACUGGGAGUACAACCCUGAUCUCAGCAUCUCCGAGUUCUCUGAGCUGCCCAGCCAGAACUUCGGCGUCAAUCAGCACAUGAUCAUCAACGAAGAGUUCAAGGAAGCCCUACGGCAAAUCCUUUGGCAGUUUCGUGCGCCUAUACGAUAUGCUUUCGCCUACGGAUCCGGCGUCUUCUCCCAGACCGCCUCAGCCUCAAGCGGCGGCUCCUCUACCCUCCACCCGAGCCCUCCCGAAGCCAUCACAAAAGUGCAAAAAGGCGGACAGAAAAUGAUCGACUUCAUUUUCGGCGUCUCCUACAGCCAACACUGGCACUCCCUCAACCUCCAACAACACCGAGACCACUACUCCGGCCUCGGCUCGCUCGGCUCCUACGCCGUCUCACGAGUCCAAGACGCCUUCGGUGCCGGCGUCUACUUCAACCCCUACAUCACCGUCAACGGCACCCUCAUAAAAUACGGCGUCGUCAACCUCGAUACCCUCUGCAAAGACCUCUCCGAAUGGAACACCCUCUACAUCGCCGGCCGUCUCCAGAAACCAGUCAAGAUCCUCCGAGACAACCCCUCCGUCCGUCUCGCCAAUCAAGUCAACCUCAUCUCCGCGGUGCGAACCGCCCUCCUGCUCCUCCCACCCACCUUCACCGAACACGACCUCUACUCCACGAUCGCCGGCAUCUCCUACAUGGGCGACCCCCGCAUGUCCGUAGGCGGCGACGACCCCCGCAAAGUAAACAACAUCGUCUCCAACCAGAUUACAAACUUUCGCCGUCUGUACGCGCCUCUGAUCGACAACCUGCCCAACAUCACCUUCAACGACCCCCGCUGCAGCAAUCAAGACUGGAUCCUCGACGACACCAUAAACGCGAAGCUCGAGCAAAACAUGCACCCCUCCACACGAGGACACAUGGUCCGCCGUCUUCCUUCUGCCUUCCGCAGCAAGCUGUACUUUGAAUACCAGUCCAAAUUCCGCAUCAAUAGACGCGAGUUUCGCAAGAUGAUGGAGGAGACCAAAGACGACGACGCGGAGUCGAUACGAAGGCGCGAGGGCGGGCCUUUUGAGCAGCGGAUUGCGGCGGACGAGGAGGGUGGUGGUUUGAGAGAAGAGGUCAGGCAGGUAAUUACCAAAACGAUCCAGUGGCCGGCCACGACGCAGAGUCUGAAGGGGAUCGUAACGAGCGGGUUCGGGCGGAGCUGGAGGUAUAUGCGAGAGAAGCGGGAGAAGGGGAGGGCGAAGGCAGUGGAGAAGCAGGAAAAGGAGAAGUCCUCCUAA